UUUUAUAAAGUUCCGGAGUUUAAUGGACAGUAACAUUUUCUGAAUAAAUUAUGGACUGCAUAUGUCGCCUGAUGCCUUCCCCCAUCUAAUUUAGAGAGCUGUUCGUAUCGUGGUCGCCUAGGUGGCGCCUUUGCUGCGGAGGAGUAAAAUCCCCUGGAGUGUGUCCGCCUGCGGCUUUUGUAUGCGUACAUAUUAUAUCACUUUUAUUCGUCAAAGGGCAACUGCAUUAUGGUAGCUGUGAAUUUGAAACCUAGGGUUCCUGAAGACAUUGAUGGGGUUACACUUGAUCCACAACCCGAUUGGAGCUUUGAUGCUCUGUUAUUGGAGCUCAGUUCAAUUGAAAGGAAGGUUGCUGCAUCUCCAAAGUUUCCGGCAUAUACCAAGAUAUGUUCUCGGGAUCGUUCUGCUUCAAAGAGGGGUGCUCUGCGGCAGGGUUUUGUUAUGCGGGUGACAGAGACAUUAAGUGAUUGUGAAGAUGAGGUAUCUGAACAAUCUGUCACUCCAGGCAUGCAUAUUACUUGUGAUGACCUUUAUGCAAGUGAUGGUCAAAUAUCUGAAGACGAGGCAUCUAUUGAAGUAGAUCAGCAUCUAAUGGAAAAAGUUGGGUUGGUGGAAGGCGCUUUGUCUGAGCUAACUUAUGAGCAUCGUCUUAACGUUAUGGAAAAUGUGAGAAACAAAAUAUCAGAACUGGAAACAGCUCUGUUGGAUGAGCACCAUAUAUUUUCAUCUAAGCUCCAAUUUGUUGCGAAAGAUUCUGAAGCACUAUCGGAAAUGGAUCGAAGGCUUGGCCUGCAGUAUCAGCGCAAAAUUGCAGAAGCGCUUGAUGAUCACUUGAUAUCUGUACAAAGGGAUCAUGAACAUAGAUCCCAACUUGAAGAAAGGAGAAUAAGAGAUGAUGCAGCUCGUGAAGAGGCUAAAAGAAGAGAGAAGGGUUUUCUGGAAGAGAAAGCCAUGCUAGAAAAAAUUAGAACAGAGCCAGAGGUACAGCCUAAGGUAAUAGAGGCUGUUGGAAUGAAAAAGGAAAAAACAGCAGAACUGGAAGCUCAGAGAAAAGACGUCGAAGAGGCUGCAGAGGAGAAUUCCUCUGAGAAUGUUAAGAAUAUUGCUACUGGCCAUCACAAGGUCUCAGAGCAGACAGCGGAGUUUGGACAGGAUGUGCAUAAUUCAUCACAAUCAGCAGGCUUGAAAAAUUCAGGAUUUGAAGAUUCAGUAGGCAAGGUUGUCAAACUCGAUAUUCUAGGACAUAAUAUAAAAGCUGCAAAAAACGCUUUGGAUUUAGAGAAGGAAAGAUCUAUGCUGUAUAAGGAAUUAGUUGCAAAGAAUGAGGCAUUGGGGUUAGGCACUAAAAGGGAAUAUGAUAGACAUGAUAAAGAAAUCUCUAGAAGGAUCAAAACCAUAACAGGUUCGGGAAAAAAUGUUAGGGCCAAAGCAGAUGAGUUGAUUAAGUUGAUAAAUUAUUCACCAUAUCCUCAAUCCAUAAGCAUUGCAAUCCUUGCAAAAGAGAUUGUCUGCCGGUUUGUGGCUCUUCCUCCUGGAGGUUUUAAGAGUAUUCCUUAUAGCUUUGGCCUUGUUAUUGUUCUUGUUACUUCUCAGGUUCCACUUGCUAUGGAUAUUAUCCUUGCUGAAUUGAACAAAAAUUGCAUCUAUACAGUUCCAAAGCAUAUAGUGUACUCUCAGUCAUACUUCAAGACCAAAAAAGCUUACUGUAAAGCUAUUGGAUAUCAAGAUGGGGAGAUUGAAACUGAUAGUAGUUACCUACAUCGGUUAUGUGCCUUCAUGAAACUAUACGGAGCUAUUGUUCAGACUGAAGUCGAAGGGUUCCAAAACAUGCAUGGGCAUCGAGAAGGUUGGGCAUGGUUGGCUAGACUCUUAAAUGCAGUCCCGGCAAACCUGUACACUGCUGCUGCUUUAAAAGCAUUUCUUGAAGUUGCUGGUUUUGUGCUACACAGAAAAUACAAGCAUCAUUUUGAGAAGCUAUUGAACAUCCUCACCAGAGACUUCUUGAAAGCUUUGGACGAAGGUCUUCAGUCACACAUAGUGGUCACUGAGCUCCGUAGUUAUGUAGAGUCAAAGAGGUAUCUCAGUGAGCCAGAGGGUCGGCAUCUAACAGAUCAUCUACUUUCAAACACUUGUAUAUAGCUGCUUCUAAGUUGUUACAGUUGAAGAUUGAGGCUUUUGAUCGGUUUUUCUGAACUUUUUAGGACUUGUUUAUGUUUGUAAUCAUUUGUGUAGAACUGGGAUUCAGACAUGUUCGUGUAUAAAUACACAACAGAAAAAGUUGUACCACUAUUUUAAUAGGAUACAAAUAGUUUUGGAUCUGUUUUUUUUUCCUAAUGGCCUUUUUGUAAAAUUUUAAUGCUUGGAUACGGUUUUAGUCAGUAAAAAAUAC